AUGGCAGAGCAACCACAAAAGCAGAAAAAGGAGGUGAAGCCUUAUAUCCCUCCUCUUCCAUACCCUCAGAGGCUGCAAAGAGAGCUCAAGGACCAGCAAUUUCUCAAGUUCCUAGAGAUUUUCAAGAAGUUGGAAAUUAACCUCCCCAUUGCUGAAGCAUUGGAGCAAAUGCCCUUAUAUGCAAAAUUCCUCAAAGAACUCAUCGACAAGAAAAGAAGCUGGAAUGAAAAGGAGACUAUAAUCUUGACCCAAGAGUGUAGUGCUAUAAUUCAAAAAGCUCUCCCACCCAAACUCAAAAAUCCAAGGAGCUUCAUCAUAUCAUGCAUCAUAGGCAACAUGACAUUGAAAAAAGCUCUCUGUGAUUUAGGUGCCAGCAUCAAUUUGAUGCAUCUCUCAAUGAAGAAAAAUUUUGCAAUAGAGGAAGUCAAACUAACCAGAAUGUCACUUCAAAUGGCUGAUAGAUCACUUAAGAUACCUAAUGGAGUUAUAGAGAACUUGUUGGUGAAGGUUGGCAAAUUCAUCUUCUCUGCUGAUUUUGUCAUCUUGGAUAUGGAAGAAGGGGGGCACAAUUCCAUUAUCUUGGGAUGA